CGUCAGCCGUCAGUCGCCCCUCGCACGUCGAGCGAGCAGCACGUAUCGUGGGCAAAGAUAUACAGCAAACAUGCGGUGAAGUGAAAUUGUCAAACGUGCUAUACAUAAGUGGUACUGAGCCGUUGUCCUGCUGGUGGGAAUUUUUUUUUUUGGUUGUGAGGGACAGUGUGGAUCAUUCCGGUGAAGUUGGAUUGUAUACGAUCAUAAUGGCCUUAGCUAGGUAUAAUCAGCAAACCGCGCGCUCCUCUUGGUUGAAGCUCGGGUCGGGCAGCGAGUGCGGCGGCGGGGGCUCCGGCGGCGGCGCGCCCGCUCCGCAGUCGGCGCGCGUGUCCUCCAACGGCGCUGGCGGGAUGGCCGUCAGCCGGGUGCCAAGCCCGCUGCACGACGGGAACACGCCCGUCGCCGAGAACUGGUGCUUUACACAGGUUAAGGUAGUGAAGUUUAGUUACAUGUGGACAAUAAAUAAUUUUAGUUUCUGUAGGGAAGAGAUGGGCGAGGUGUUAAAGUCAUCGACAUUCUCAGCCGGUGCUAGUGACAAGUUAAAGUGGUGCCUCCGCGUCAACCCUAAGGGACUGGACGAGGAGAGCAAAGACUAUUUAUCGUUAUAUUUAUUAUUAGUGUCGUGUAAUAAAUCAGAAGUGCGUGCUAAGUUUAAGUUCUCCAUAUUGAACGCGAAACGUGAAGAGACAAAGGCCAUGGAAUCACAGCGUGCCUACAGAUUCGUACAGGGCAAGGAUUGGGGGUUCAAGAAGUUUAUUAGGAGAGAUUUCCUACUAGACGAAGCCAAUGGUCUCUUACCAGAAGACAAACUGACUAUAUUCUGCGAGGUAUCCGUGGUGGCGGACAGUAUCAACAUCAGUGGACAGAGCAACGUGGUACAGUUCAAAGUACCUGAAUGCAGGUUAUCCGACGACCUCGGGGCGUUGUUUGACAACGAGAGGUUCUCGGACGUGACGCUGGCGGUCGGCGGCAGGGAGUUCCAGGCGCACAAAGCUAUAUUGGCCGCGAGGAGUCCAGUGUUCGCAGCCAUGUUUGAACACGAAAUGGAAGAGAGGAAACGGAACAGGGUCGACAUCACGGACGUAGAUCACGAGGUGCUCAGAGAGAUGCUGCGGUUCAUAUACACGGACAGGGCGCCCAAUCUGGAGAAGAUGGCCGACGACCUGCUGGCCGCCGCGGAUAAGUACGCCCUGGACCGCCUGAAGGUGAUGUGCGAGGAGGCGCUGUGCCUGUCGCUGUCCGUGGACACGGCCGCGGACACCCUCAUCCUGGCCGACCUGCACUCCGCGGACCAGCUCAAGGCGCAGACCAUAGACUUCAUUAACACAAGUCACGCCACAGACGUGAUGGACACGGCCGGUUGGAAGAACAUGAUCUCGUCCCACCCGCACCUCAUAGCGGAGGCCUUCAGGGCGCUGGCCACCCAGCAGCAACAGAUCCCGCCCAUAGGCCCUCCGCGCAAGAGGGUCAAGCAGGCCUAGGCCGGGCCCCCGCCCCCGACACUACCAAAGACGCCGCGGGCCCCGCAGGCCCCGGCCCCGCAGGCCCCCCGUUGAUCUCAGCCGCGCCCCCCCUAGCCGUUAUAGUUGUCAGUGUGAAUGUGUCUAAUGUCUAUAGCCGUGGAGGCCCGACACUCCUCCAGCGAGAUGUACAUAGCUAUGAUCCCACCAUUACGAUGUUAAGUGCUAAAUUAUAAGUACCGCUGUGAGACACCGCACGUUGUGAUACGAGGUGACGUUCCGAUGGCGUGAUGUGAUCUUUUUCCUAAAUUAUAUGCUAAUGUAUAAAACUCGUAAGCUUCCUCGUUUGGAUCGUAUCUAGCGGAUGUUUAUAGUGAUCGGUCGCUUUUAAGUAUUUUCCGUGUAAAGUCGUCGAACAUAGUGUAUGGUCGUGUAUGAAGUCAUAGUUGUGCUCCGCGCUCCGCGCUCCGUGGCCGUUAUAUUAAUAUUUAUAGUACCAUUUUAUACCCGCUACCCGUUUACACGCUGACAGAUGUCGAGUAAUAUGAUAGUUACAAAACCAAUGUCAGAAACAAUAACUGUGAUUAUCGAAAUUGUCAAUAAGUUGAGCAAAUAAAUGAAGUGAUGUAACAUA